AUGUGUCCGAUCAAGAAGGAGAUGAGCGCCGAGUCAAGCUCGCCGUGCAGCUGGGCAUCGGCCUCGUCGGAGCACCACCAGACUGUGUGGACGUCGCCGCCGAAGAGGCCGGCGGGGCGGACCAAGUUCCGGGAGACGCGGCACCCCGUGUUCCGCGGCGUCCGGCGCCGGGGCAACGCCGGAAGGUGGGUGUGCGAGGUGCGCAUGCCGGGGAGGCGCGGCUGCAGGCUCUGGCUCGGCACGUUCGACACCGCCGAGGGCGCCGCGCGGGCGCACGACGCUGCCAUGCUCGCCAUCGCCGGCGCGGGCGCGUGCCUCAACUUCGCCGACUCCGCGUGGCUGCUCGCGGUCCCGGCCUCGUACGCCAGCCUCGCCGAGGUCCGCCACGCGGUCGCCGAGGCCGUGGAGGACUUCCAGCGCCGAGAGGUGCUCCCGGAGGGGGAGGAGGACGCGCGGUCGGCCGCGUUGUCGGCGCCUUCCUCCCCCGCCGCCAGCGUCAAGGACGAGGUCUCCACCGACGGGGAGGAGUCCUCGCCGUUCGAGCUCGACGUGUUCAAUGACAUGAGCUGGGACUUGUACUACGCGAGCAUGGCGCAGGCGAUGCUCAUGGAGCCGCCGUCGGCGGUCCCGGCGUUCGGCGACGACGGCUACGCCAACGCCGGCGAUAUAGCACUGUGGAGCUACUAG